AUGCUUUCUUCAAAAUUCCGCUGGGAUGUCCUGUCUGUGCUUCCCACUGACUUCCUGUAUCUGAAAUUUGGGAUCCAUACUCCACUUGUGAGAAUCAAUCGCUUCCUACGCUUUCAACGACUUUUUGAGGCUUUUGACCGGACGGAGACCCGCAUUCCGUAUCCAAACGCUUUCCGUAUAUGCAAGCUCAUGGCAUAUAUCUUUGUAGUGAUUCACUGGAACAGUUGCAUUUAUUUUGCCUUGUCCAGUUAUGUUGGAUUUGGCAAAGACGAGUGGGUCUAUCCCAACAUCACAGACCCUGAGUUUGGCCGUUUAGGACGACAAUAUCUGUAUAGCUUUUACUUCUCCACCCUUAUUCUUACUACCGUUGGGGACAUUCCUGCACCCAUGCAGGAGGAAGAAUACAUCUUCAUGGUGGUAGAUUUCCUCAUUGCUGUUCUUGGCUUUGCCACCAUCAUGGGGAGCAUGAGCUCCGUCAUCUCGAAUAUGAACAGUGCCGACGAGGCCUUCUAUCCAAAUUAUGACCUUGUGAAGUUAUAUCUAAAGAUGUACAAGGUCAAUAGAACAGUAAAAAAAAAGGUGAUUGCAUGGCACCAGCACCUCCAGAUCAACAAAAAAUUAACUAACGAGAACAAGAUUUUGCAGAAUCUGCCUGAAAAGCUUAGGGUGGAGGUUGCAGUAAGUGUUCACAUGCCAACACUUAGCAAGGUACAGAUUUUUCAACACUGUGAAAAGAGUCUCCUGGAAGAACUUGUUCUAAAGCUGAAACCUCAGGUCUACAGCCCUGGGGAGUACGUCUGUAAGAAAGGGGACAUUGGAAGAGAGAUGUAUAUCAUAAAGGAGGGCAAAUUGGCUGUGGUGGCCGAUGAUGGAGUCACUCAGUUCGCUGUACUUGGAGAAGGAAACUAUUUUGGAGAAAUCAGUAUCCUCAAUAUUAAAGGUAAAUAAAAGCCCAUCUGAAUCUAUCACUCUACUUCAGCUAGCCAAAAAUGUUAAUACAGACAGACAAGGGCACUGGGUAGUUUAGGACACAGAAAGGAAGGCAGUCAAAGGCAACAAAGACACUAAAACAGAGGAGAGCCAGCACAGGACUGUAGACAUUACAGACAGGAAGAGGAGGGCAGACGUGGGACUGGAGGUAUUAAAGACAGGGAGAGGAGGGCAGACAUGGGACUGGAGGUAUUAAAGACAGGGAGAGGAGGGCAGACAUGGGACUGGAGGUAUUAAAGACAGGGAGCAUAGGGCAGACAUGGAACUGGAGGUAUUAAAGACUGGGAGAGGAGGGCAGACGUGGGACUGGAGGUAGUAAAAACACGGAGAGGAGGGCAGACGUGGGACUGGAGGUAUUAAAGACCGGGAGAGGAGGGCAGAUGUGGGACUGAAGGUAGUAAAAACAGGGAGAGGAGGGUAGAUGUGGGACUGGAGGUAUUAAAGACAGGGAGAGGAGGGCAGACGUGGGACUGGAGGUAGUAAAAACAGGGAGAAGAGGGUAGAUGUGGGACUGGAGGUAUUAAGGACAGGGAGCGUAGGGCAGACAUGGAACUGGAGGUAUUAAAGACUGGGAGAGGAGGGCAGACGUGGGACUGGAGGUAUUAAAGACAGAGAGAGGAGGGCAGAUGUGGGACUGGAGGUAGUAAAAACAGGGAAAGGAGGGUAGAUGUGGGACUGGAGGUAUUAAAGACAGGGAGAGGAGGGCAGAUGUGGGACUGGAGGUAUUAAAGACAGGGAGAGAAGGGCAGAUGUGGAACUGGAGGUAUUAAAGAAUGAGAGAGGAAGUCAGAUGUCGGACAUUCAUUUUAGUGAAUUAUCCUGUGAGUAUACAUGAUAUUGUGGUCAAUAUACUGAAUUUAGCAUCCAUUCUCUAUUCAGUGUUAACAAGGUGGAGGUUGGUGACCUGGAUCGGCAAAGUCUAACGAUGGAGAGUAUUUGCAUGAUUUCUAGCAGAAAACAUUGAUAAGUAAAUAUUGUAACCACCUCUCCCUCUGCUCAGGUAACACAUCUGGGAACCGAAGAACGGCCAAUAUUAAGAGCAUCGGCUACUCUGAUCUGUUCUGUCUCUCCAAGGAGGACCUCACAGAUGUGCUCACCCAGUAUCCCGAUGCCAAAGCCAUCCUGGAGGAGAAAGGUCGUGAAAUCCUAGUGAAAAUGAACAAACUGGAUGAGAGGUUGGCAGCUGAGCUGGCAGGUAAACAAGAGGAGCUAGAGGAAAAACUGAAGAAAAUGGAACGGAACUUGGACUCUCUCCAGACCAAACUGGCCCGACUUCUGGCUGAACUGGAGUCCAGUGCAGCCAAGAUGUUCCAAAGGGUUAAACGGCUCGAGUGGGAAAUAAGCCUGUGGGAGGAAGAGCCUCGGGAGCAGCCAAAAGACGAUAACGGCAAAGAAUAAGAUGUUUUCUCAGUGACAAGACCGUGAUGUUCACGUGUAAUUGGUGGGAUUCUGAUGAUGGAAAAAGGAGGUGACACAAAAAAAUGAAAUGGACAGUUUUUGUAGGAUGAAUCCCUGAGACGAUUGAAAGGGCAGCUCUGUACAACCCUAAAGAUAGUUUUAUAUUGGACAUAACGCACCAUGGCUCUGUUUGGGUCUCUUCUAUGAUAAUGCAGCAAGAUCUCUGUAAAUGAGUUUGUUUCCAUGUGGGGAAUGUCCUUCUGGCUUUCAGUCACCC